UCCAUAGCACCACUAGCACAUACGUGACACAAAUAAUGAGGUUUACUUAACUUGUUUGACCAUUGUUAGGUUUUUGUAUAAAGAGAGAUGGUUUCGAUCUAGUUCAAGUUAUUCAGAGACUAAAACUGACGCUAGUUUGCAUCAUCAUGAUGUCUGCUGUGCUUCAGCUGGUGCUGUUAGCUUGCGUUGCCCCUGUUCUAUCUGCUAACGGUGAAAGUAUCAGCCAUUUGAUGAUAACCCCUGAGUCUCCACUGCUAGAGAUUGGGACCAACUUCACAGCGACAUGCAUGAUCAUCAACACAACUGAAGUAACAGCAGAUGACCUCUACUGGACUCUGUCUAAGACUACUAUACCCAGUGAAAAGUACACUAAGAUCAAUAGAACAGCUCUUAGUGUCACUAUCCCUGUCACCAGUGAAAAGCCUGAAUGGUUAUUUUGCCGCUCCGGGACAGAGAACCCCCAUGUUUUUCUGAACCAAGGCAAAUUUCUCCAUGCCAUAUUCACCAGGAAAGGCUAUCAUCCAGAGAAGCCUGAGAAUCUGUCUUGUAUAGCUGUUCAGGACAAAACGGUCAUCUCUCGAAACAUCAGCUGUUCGUGGGAACCAGGACGUGAAAGCCAUUUGCAUACAACAUACACACUGUAUGUUAAAGUCACUGUCAGCCAUCAGACCUUUAAUACGUCAACAGAUAAAAGCAGUGCCAAAGUGACUCUGGAGAUUUUCCCCAAUCAUAUGACACUGGAAAUCUGGGUGGAGGCAAAGAAUGAACUGGGAACAGUGGAGUCUGAGCAUCUUAGAGAAGAUGCCGGCUGGUUUGUUAAAACAAACCCUCCAUCAGAUGUCAAAGUCUUUUCAGAAAAAAGUUUUCCUACCUCCCUGCUUAUAAACUGGACUCAACCUAUUGCUAAAGAACAUAUCAAAUUAACAUAUGAAAUCAGAUUCUGCCCAAAUGGAUCUCAGAGUUGGACUUAUGUACCGCUUGUGGACACUGCUAAGGACAUACAGUCCUUCAGACUCCAGAAGCUUCGACCAGACACAGUCUAUGUCACUCAAGUACGCUGCAAAAAUGCUGAAGAAGGCCACGGUUACUGGAGCGACUGGAGUACCAAUGCUACCAAAAGAACACCAGAGGACCGACCAACAAGUAAACCGGAUUUAUGGCUGUCGAACAAGAGUGACAGCGUGAAUGGACGACAAGUGACAUUUAUCUCUAAGGAUCCCGUGUUUCCCAACGGGAGGAUAACAAGAUUUGACAUAAAUAUCAAAAAUGGAAGUAUGAUCUUGAAAAGAGUCCAGGUCAACGUGUCAGAGGCAGACCGCAGCUCUAGCCAGAGGAAAAUAACUGUCCUACAACUGGAUGACAGGGAUUCUAUUCAAGUGCGGAUCACUGCCAUCAAUUCUGUGGGGAAGUCUCCUGAGGCGUUUUUAGGCAUCCAUGAAAAAGUGCAUGAGCCUCCCGCAGUAGAGGGGCUUAAGGUUGAGCCCUGUGGUGCCCAGCUGUGUCUGGAAUGGAAACCCCCUCGCAGUGCAACAGAGUAUGUGGUGGAGUGGAUGGCCUAUGGUGAUCAGAUGGACUGGCAGAGGGAAAACAGAAGCACCAGACACACAGCCAUUAAAGGCAACCUUGAGAAGUUUGUUUGCUACAAAGUAUCUGUGUAUGCAAUAUACGCUGGGUGGAUUGGGAAGCCAGCAAUUGUAGAAGCCUUUCUAGAGCAAGGAGCUCCGUUGGAAGGCCCAUCUGUUAGACUGAAGGGUACACCAGGACGUAAUGGGGCUGAGCUGGUGUGGGAGGAGAUUCCCAAAAACAGACGACAAGGUUUCAUCACAAAUUACACAAUUUGUUACACAAAUGGGAUUAAAAGAUAUGACAUAAUAGUUCCAGGUAACACCACCUCAUACACUCUGACGUCACUGUCUCGCAACACCAAGUAUGACGUUUGGAUCAAGGCUUCGACUAUCGCAGGCUCAGCAAAUGGCUUUAACCACUCAUUUACCACUCUGAAAUAUGGACCCGGAGAGAUCGAGGCCAUCGUGGUAGGAGUGAGCCUUGGCUUCCUGUUUAUUGUUCUCAUGACCAUGCUGCUGUGUUUCUACCAAAAAGAUGUGCUAAAGGAGAACUGUUGGCCUCAGAUCCCAAACCCUGGAGAGAGCACCAUUGGAAACUGGUCACCUGAUUAUCCUUUGAAAGCAGAGACACCAAAGGAGAACUGUCUGUCUGGCAUUAGUGUGCUUGAUAUGGAUGUGUGUGAUGGAAAGUCUGUGUUUGAGGAGGACAAAACCAGUCUGCCUCUGAAGAAGGACAAGUAUCUGUCUGAGGAGCACAGCAGUGGCAUCGGAGGCUCCUCCUGCAUGUCUUCACCUCGCCAGAGUGUGUCUGACAGCGAUGAGGGCGGUGACAUCGCUGACACCACAGCCAACACUGUUCAAUACUCCUCUGUGGUGGCCUCAAAUGCUUACAAGGGUCAGAACCCAAACUCCCAAUCUCAGCAGGCCAUAUUUUCGCGGUCUGAAUCCACGCAGCCUCUGCUGGACUCUGAGGAGAACCCAGAUAUGUUGAUGCAAGAGGGCAGCAGACAGUCACAGCGUUUUCCCCGACAGUCCUGCUUUACACAUUCUGCAAGGAACCAAGACCAGCUGGAGAUGGAACAGCAGGAGGUUCUGGAGCCUCUGGACUUCUGUCCCCUGGAAGAGGACUCUGAGCAGAUUACACCUACAGAUGGUCAGUCUGCACUGGGCUCCAGCUACAUGCCUCAGCUGGGUGGUUACAGGCCACAGUAAGAACACAGAUAGACCUGACCUGUUUCAUCCAUGUCAGUGGUGCUGUGCCUUGGUUAGUGAAGAAGACUGUACUAGUUUUUCUUUUUAGCUUUUAACCAAGUAUAAAUAAAUAGUCAAAGGUGCUUUGGGACAUUAUAUUAAAGUGCCAGCUUUGCACUCACAUUGAAAAAUACACAGCCAUAUCUUUAUAGUAUCAUGAUUCCCUAAACGUGCUUUGAGCUAUACAGUAAAUGUCACAGUGCAUUUCAAAAUGUCUCUUAAACUUCUAAAUAUGACGAGUGUGAACCACCGCUUCAGGAGUGAUGGACUACAGUCAGCAGCCUCAGGGUGAAGCUGUCUCUGAUUUGUGUUUCUCUCCUGGCAGCCCAGUUUGACCAGUGUUUCCAGUUUGUUAACUGGGUAUUGUCAUUUCACAUAAAUGUUUUCAGCUCAAGUAUAUACACUGCACAUGAAGGUAAUCAACUGAUACAAGUUCACACUGACAUGUACAUACUGCUAAUGAGAUAUCAGUGUAUGUUCAAUAAAAAGUUUCAUUUUUACUGCCUUGGGAAGAAACAUGUAACGCAUGUCUAUGUAAUUCCUUUACUUUGUAAAUCAGUUGGCAUCACUUAGUUCAUGGAAACUGUUUCAUUUCAUUUGUAGAAGAAAACUGAUUGUGUUUACUUUGCCAGAGUAAACUGACAACUUCGACUUGUUUUCAGUGUUCCUACAAUACCCAUCAGUCACUGUGGAAGCUACAUUUCAGAGCAUGCACUGCUGUUUUCUCAUCUUCCAAUGUUCAAACACAAUAUUGAAUGUACAGCCACCAUACUGCUUCUCACUAUAAACCCUGCAAUCACAGCUGCUGUUGAUAACAUGGACUUCACUAACAUCAGUGCAAUCCUUUGUUAAAUUCAUAUCCAGCUGGUGAUGAUCAAUAGAUUUUUGUUAUUUCCAGACGAUGUGGCAUGCAGCUUUGAGUAAUUAUUGAGAAGCAACUGGACAAUGUGAUCAUUCACUCAGUGUGAUCACUGAUCUGGGUCAGUCCUGAGCUCUACAGCAACAACUCAUAAUGGCUUGCUUAACUGCUCUGACUUGUGUUGAGGACUGCAAAGUUCUUCUGGUCAAAAACAUCCAUGGGAUAAAGUAAGUGUCAUGUUACAUGAAAAUGUAACAUGACACAUGAGGUCAAGUAUUUCCUUACCUGCUGACAGUGAAGGAAGGUUUUUUCUGUAUUGAAAUGCUGUAAAUGAGUAUCACUAUAACAUUUGA